UGAAAAUAGAGCUCUUAUGGCUUUUUUGCACGCCAUGCCUGGUGGAUUCUAUGCCUCAUUCAUGACGUGAUAUAGACAUCGACUCAGCAAUGAAAGUUGGUAUGAAUGAUCCAGACAUGGAUGAAAAGGUAUCGAAUCCAGAAAUUAGUAUGGAGUUUAAAACAGAGAAAGAUGCAUAUGAUUUUUACAAUAGUUUCGGAAGAAAAGUCGGUUUCAGUAUUCGAAAGCAUAGUGUAAAAAAAGACAAAAAGACAGGUGUAUUGAAAAUGAGAGAUUUUGUUUGUUCCAAAGAAGGUAUAAAGCCAAAAGCGAAAUAUGAUUUCAUGACUAAACAAGCCGGUGGUCGACAGAAUGUUGGAUAUAAUUUGGUAGAUUACAAGAAUUAUUUACGGACGAAAAGGGUGAAAGCAAUGAAGAAAUUUGAUGACGAAGGUCUUUUGAUAUUUUUUAAAAGAAAGCAAGCUGAAGAUCCAAUGUUCUUUUAUUGUAUUCAAUUUGAUGUUCAAGAUUGUAUCACCAACAUUUUUUGGACAGAUGGAAGAAUGAUUUUAGAUUAUGAACAUUUUGAAGAUGUGAUUUGCUUUGACACAACGUAUAAAACAAAUGAGUAUGGAUGGCCAUUUGCACCAUUUAUUGGUGUUAAUCAUCAUAGACAGAUAGUUAUAUUUGGGGCUGCACUCCUCUACGAUGAAACAAUCGAUUCUUUCAGAUAG